ACAUUUCACAACGGGGGGGCAGCGCAGGCGGACGGGCUAUAAGAGGUGCCACGCUCCAGCCCCGCCGCAGGUCAGCCCAGGACGGUCUCGCUGCUUCGUCAACAUGAGCAAGGGCUGCCAGACCCAGGGACCGCUCUCCGAGCUGGAGAAGUCCAUAGAUGUCAUCAUCGAUGUCUUCCACCAGUAUUCGAGACGGGAAGGGGACAAGGACACCCUGACCAGGAGGGAGCUGAAGCUCUUGAUUGAGAAGCAGCUCGUGAACUACCUGAAGCACGUGAAAAACCAGGUCUCCAUCGACCAAAUCUUCAAGGACCUGGACUCCAACAAGGACGAGCAGCUGAGUUUUGGCGAGGUGAUGCUCCUGAUCAUCCGGGUGACUGUCGCCACCCACGAGCACCUCCACUUCUGUGAGGACAGGCAGCACCAGCAGCAGCACCAGCAGCAGCACCAGCAGCAGCACCAGCACAACCACUGAAGCGAGCUGUGCUCUGCGGCCGAGGGCUCCCACCCCGUGCUUCUCCCCUGGCUUCUCCCCUCCACCCCUCUGCUCCCCCUCUCCGUUCCUCUCUGCCUGCCUCACUCCCUUCAAGUUGGAUGGUUUUGCUGCCAAAUAAAGAUUUGCCCCGAGGCUGUCAAAGUUC